GUAUGUGUCUGAGUCAACAGACGAAGAGGCUCCUGCACUCAGCCUAAUCUACGGCAGUCAGUGCUGUUCCAUGAGACGAACAUGUUCAAGUACGGUAUAUUAACUAUUUUGUGUAUGCUGUUAUCAACUUUACACGAUCAAGCGUAUGCUACCGGAAACUAUGUAAUUUUGGCGCCACAAUAUCUGAGAGCAAAACACCCCUACCAGGUGUCUAUUUCCACAUUUGACUUCAAUGGAUUCUCCAAACUACAUAUGACCAUCGAAGGUAAUUCGGAGAAUGAUGAGCCCAUCAACAUUAAUGAAAAUGCGUACCUCAAGAGCAGUCAAACGCAAAUAUUCGAAUUUGAUACAACCAUUUUACCACAAGGAUCCUACUCACUCAGCUUACUCUCUGGAUCGGGAGCUGAAGUCAAUCGCACAAUUUUCCUUACAAAUCUUGAUAAAUCUUAUUCCGUUUUGAUUCAAACGGAUAAGCCCAUCUAUAAGCCUGGUAAUACGGUCAAGUUUCGAGUGCUGGUCCUAGAUCAGGCAACCAAACCUAUCGAAAAGCCUAAAGCUAUCCGCGUGACUCUGUCGGAUCCCGAUGGAAAUGAAAUCAAAGAAUGGCCGUAUGCAAUGCUUCGAAACGGAAUUUUCCAAUCGCAACUAGAAAUUUCGAACGAACCAAAUCUGGGAAACUGGUCCAUUACUGCUAACAUUUAUGGCAAGGAUCACUCCAUUCCGUUUCAAGUAAAUGAAUACAAAGUGCCAAAAUACGAAAUAAGGAUAAGUACUCCGAAAACAGCAACCAUUGAUGACAAAGAGUUGAUUGUAGAUGUUGAAGCAUGGUAUACCUUUGGCCGUACCGUAAAAGGGAAUCUAACGGUAACGGUCAACGGACUUAUCAAAACUGCUAAAAUUAACGGAUAUGUAAGAUUAUCCUUCAGUAUGGCUGACUUAGUGAAGCAACGAUCGGAUGAGAGUGGAAAUAUUCCUGUAGAGGUCAAUGCUGUGAUUCGUGAUCAAUAUACAAGAGAAAAUAUCAAAGCGACAAGUUUAUUCCACAUCUUUGAUAAACCUUACAAAUUUUUGCUCAAAAAGUCUUCGAAGUACUUUAUUGCGGGACAUCCGUACCGCUGCGCAGUACAGAUCAAAGAUCCAAAUGGUAACAAUCUACAUACAGUUCAUCAAGCCAUCAUAAAUGUAGUCUUUACGGGAGAAAACAGUUACCAGAAAUCAUUUGAAAUGCGCAUCACUCCUGAAUCCGAUGGUACCAUGCCAUUAACGUUAUCAGUUCCAGAACAAGCUGUGAGCAUCGAACUGGAUGUUACCUACGGAAAUGCGGACGAUCAAUUCACGCUGCAUAGCAAAAAACUGAGUAAUCUCGCGCAAAUCCAAGCAUCGAUAGUCACUGAACAUGUUACUCCAAACCAACCAAUCGUAGUUCAAGUGCAGUCAUCCGUUCCUUUAUCGCAUUUGACGUAUCAUGUGAUAGCAAAAGGGAAAAUCCUAGCUAUAAAUCAGCUACGCUUCGAUGAAAGUGAUACAAUUCAGUUCGAAAUUUCUGCCACUCCGGAAAUGGUUCCCAAUGCAAAGAUAUUCGUUUUCAGUUUUCACAAUGGUCAGUUAUUGAAGGACACAGUACCAGUGCAGAUGAAUAGUUUGAACAACUGGGUAAAGGUAACACUUUCCAAGGAUAGAGUUAAACCCGGCGAAAGAGUACAAGUGACUGUAGAAUCCAUACCAAACUCGACAGUUGGACUGCUGGCAGUCGACAGGGGAACUUGGCUAAUGAGUGAUGACAAUCAGCUUACGAAGCAGAAAGUGCUAAAUGAGAUCAAAGGCUUUUCGGAGGAAAUUGAAGCAGCUGACGAUGAUAUUAUGGACAUGGAGUUGAUUACUAAUGCAAUAAAUCCAACAGCUAUUAGUGCACGUUUCGGUAAUUACAUGCCAGACGAGGAGGAUGCCUAUAUUCCUCCUCGUAAAGAAUUCCCCGAAUCUUGGCUAUGGUUGGAUCAGCAGGAAGUAGGGUCCAAUGGAAAACUCCACCUCACGGAUACAGUACCUGAUUCCAUCACCAGUUGGGAAAUUACAGCGUUUUCCCUUAAUCCGCAGCAUGGACUGGGCGUUCUCGACGAACCGGUUUCACUUACCGUUUCCAAGCCGUUCUUCAUCAUGCUCAACGUUCCGAACUCGAUCAAAAAGAGUGAAACGGCAAUCGUUAAAGUGACUGUGUUCAACGAACUGGACGAAACUUCCUACGUUGGAGUUACACUCAAAAAUAGCCGACAGGAAUUCGAGUUUGUGGACAAUCGUGGACGUAAAGAUGUCAGCUACCAGAUCCAAAACGUUGUCCUAUCGCCAAAUUCUGCUUCCACCGUACUGUUCAAAAUCAAAUCGAAGAAGAUGGGAAACAUCGUCCUCAAAGUGAUUGCAGAAUCCACAGAGGCAUCCGAUUCUUUAGAGCAGUUGCUGCGGGUAACGCCAGAGAGCUUCCUAUAUACUAAAACGCAAAGCCGCUAUAUCCAACUAGACGAACGUAGACAAACGUACAACAUUGACCUGGCCAUUCCGAAACAUUUCGAUGAAAAUACGGUAGAAGUCCACUUCUCGAUACAAGGUAAUCUGCUGGGGGAUGCUGCCGAUGGAUUAGAAGAGAUGAUACGAUUACCUUCCGGCAGUGGAGAGCUUAAUAUACUUAAAAUGGUUCCAAACGUUUUGGUACUGGAUUACAUGUUUGGUGUGGGGAAAAUAAAUGUGUUUUUGAAAAAUCAAGCAACCAGAUUUUUAAACAUGGGAUAUCAGAACCAACUUAAGUUUAGACAUGAAGAUGGAUCAUUCAGCACAUUUGGGAAGGAGGACAACAUAGGUAGUGUGUUUUCCACUGCAUUAGUAGCCAAAACUUUCCAGCAAGCGUCCCAAUUUAUUACCGUGGAUAAGAGAGUUAUCGAAAAAGCGUACGACUGGCUCCAACAGCAGCAAUCAUUCGAUGGAAGUUUCAGUGAGCGUGGAGAAGUACCCGAAUUUGGAUUACAACGAAAGUACAAGGAGAAGGUGAUUUUAACAGCUUAUAUCUUGAUAGCGUUUCUAGAGAAUGAUCACAUUGCCAAGAAAUAUAAAUCCGUUAUUGACAAAGGAACGAAAUAUCUUGCUUCCAAAAUACAAGAUAUGAAUUCUAAACACGCGCUGUCAUUAACGACGUAUGCACUACAACUGGCCCAAUACGAGCAAGGAAGAGCAUUUACAAAACUUAUAGAAGUUUCUAAUAGUAAUAAUGAAUUUCGCUGGUGGGAUGAUGAUGCAGCUGCUACCGAAGCUACUGCUUACGGAUUAUUGUGCUACAUUAAAAGUGGAAUUUAUGUUGACUCCUUACCCAUCUUGAAAUGGCUUAUCAGCAAACGACAUUUGUUUGGACCCGACAAUAUCGAAACCACGUUCGUUGAGCUUCAAGCCAUUGCAGAACACAGCAAGAAAGUGUCUCCAAAUCGGAAUAACUACAACGUUUCAGUACUUAUGGGGUCGAAAAAGUUAGCCACACUUACAAUAGAUCCGGCAUCAUCUCUAUCGGUGCAAAACAUAUCUCUCCCAUCCGAUGUUAAAAAAGUCGAUGUGAUGGUUGAAGGCACUGGAAUCGGCAUCUUCAGUUUUCAUUAUCAUUAUAAAACGAACAUUUUAAAUCUUAGACCUCGUUUUGACGUAGAGGUUCAAACACUCAGCACAUCUACGAGUCACUAUCUGGACCUGAAAAUUUGCGCCAAAUUCAAACCCAGCGAAGCAUAUGAGAAAUCAAAACUAGCCCUCAUGGAAAUAACUUUCCCUAGCGGAUACAUCGCACUUGAUGAGUCGGUAGAGGAUCUUGAAAAAAUGAGAAUAAUUAAGAAAGUCACCACAAAGUACGACGAUGCAUCCCUGUGGUUGUACUUCGAAUCACUUCCGGAAGAAUUUCUAUGUUUACCCGUGACCGGCUUCAGAGAAAGCGAGGUUCUUCAACAAAUUCCAGGCAGCGUGAGAGUUUAUGACUUCUUCGACAAUUCCCGAGUGGCCAUCAAGCAUUUCGAUGGCAAGCAAUUGGACGUGUGUGAUAUUUGCGACAAUGGAUGUCCACCUGAAUGCGGGAAAUGAGUUAAGACAAAUUAAAGUUGUUUAAAUUUAAUAUAGGAGUUGAACAUUCAUUACUUGAAAAAUGAAAAACUUUCGUCUGAGGAAAUAAACACAAUUAUCACGCUGCUGCUUCUUUUCGCGAAAAAA